CACGCUUGGCACGCCGUUCCAAAGCGCUCGGCGGCAGCAACGUGUUCGGACGCGCGAGCGCGAUCGCUCUCUUGGAACUCGGGCGCCGCAUGCCACUCCAGUUCCGUGUCUCAAAACACGCCACGGAAAUAUGCGACCAUCAAGUAUGUGACUCGUUGGAACUGCUCUGCUUCAACUUCGAGGUGACCUUUGGCUAUGUGCAUCACUGGGCUUAUUCGACCGAAGAAAACUGUCUUAUCCUGACAGCGAGUAAGCGAAAACGUGGAUCUCAAGUAUCUUUGAGUGUCGCCUCAAAGCAUUAAUGCACGCUAUGACGCUCGAUUAAGAAACUUUGCCGGUAGCUGAGGUUGGACGACCUUGGCAUACAGAGCGAUUAGCAGCGACUGGCUACAGUACUGUGGGGAAGACUCGUUUAACUCUCUACACGUCGCUGUGCUGCUCUGUCUUUCUCAGUGCACCGUUCGUUCGACUUCGGGUGGACGGUUUUCAAAACGCAUUCUUCUCACACGUAGACCUGGCUGCAGCGACGACGCCGACGUGCGGUGUGGCAGUGGGGGUGGGGGGCACUGGAGGGACGACGCCCAGCAAAAUGCCUGACACGCCGCAGGACGUCAAGCCCCUCAGUCCCACGCAGUUGCCAAAGGUGUCUUCCAUGCAAGGCGUAAACGGUGUGCACUCUCCUGCAACCGCUUCUUCCUUGCCCACGACCGGGGGCCGCUCCUUAUCUCCGCCCACGGAAAACCCUGGGGAUGGGACGAGGGCCACGCACGGCUCUUCAGGAGUCUCUUCCAGCACAGCUCCAGGAGGUGACUCGACAGCGGCUGCUGCCGCAGCUGUGGCUGCCGUCGGAGCACGACAGCUCAGCAAGGUGAAGAGGUUCCUGACGACGCUGCAGCAAUUCGGUAGCGACGUCUCACCGGAGGUUGGAGAGCGCGUUCACGGCUUGAUUCUCGGGCUUGUGAGCUCAACUAUUUCGAUCGAGGAAUUCCAUCAUAGCAUACAAGAAAUCACCAACUACCCGUUGCGGCCAUUCGUCGUUCCAUUCCUUAAGUCGCACCUGCCCCUCUUGCAAGCGGAACUCUUGCAUUUCGCGCGAGUAGCGAAGCAGUCUCCGGCUCAGUAUCUGCGACAGCAUGAGACGCUAGUGCUAGAUCCUCUUCAUCAAGGCGGAGAGCCUUUCGAAAUCUUUCAACCUGAAUCGGUGAAAGAGACCAGUGGAAAGAGAAGAUCGCCUCAAGAAGCUCGUACGAAGGAAAACGGGCACUCCACGGAAGGAACAGAAGGCGGCCCACCUCCAACAAAGAGGCAUCAAACGGCGCUUGCCAGUCCGGGAUCGGCGCGCCUUAGUCCAGGAGCGCACGGACAUGGUCCUGCACCGCCGGCAGCGGGUGCGUUUCGCUUUGAAGAUUCUUCAGUCUACAGAGAUCGGUACGACCGGUAUGACCGCUUCGAUCGCGACUUCUAUAGACCUUACUACGGCAUGUUGCACAGAGAGUACACAGAAGACCGAGACAUGGAAGAUGAAUGGAAAAAUAUCAAUACUAUGCUGAACUGCAUUUUGGGAAUGGUGGAGAAAACGAAGCGCGCCAUCGCUAUUCUGCAACACCGCAGUCAGUCCGAGAGGCAAGACUUCGGCGUGUGGGGUGGAAGACGACAUUUGGAGGUAGACUUCGACAUGAAGAAGCGGGACCUCAUGGCUCACUACAAGACCACUGCUGAACUAGACAGGGUUUCAGAAGUGCGAAGGCGAGCAGAAGAAGCCGUGAACGAAGUGAAACGGCAAGCGGUAGCGGAGCUUCAGAAAGCGGUAUCGGCGGCGGAGUCGAAAGCAAGCGAACUGGUGGCUGCCGAACGCACCAAGAUGGAACGGCUCAUCAGUGAGGCUCGGCGGCAAGCAGCCGAGGAAGCACUCGCUGCUAUAAACCACCAAGAGGACUCUACAGAGCAGAACUGCUGGAACUGUGGUCGCAAGGCCAACGAGACGUGCAGCGGUUGCAAUGUGGCUCGCUACUGUGGAGCAUUUUGCCAGCAUAAGGACUGGGAGAACCACCACAGAGUUUGCGGCCAACCCUCAUCAGCAGCGAUCACUUCUGCUGCAUCCCCGAUGACGCCGACCAGCACUGCUGGCAAGAGAAGUCCGAGCCCACCGAGAAGAGCCGAGGCCAAAAUUGACUCGAGGCAUUAAGCCUUGGCAUCGUCGGGACAAAUGUACAAAUUUUAUCUUUGAAUAGUGAUACGAGCCGCGAAUGAAUGCCGUGAAGAAACAGCCUUCAGAAUGCGGCCUUGUGCUACACAGGAGAACCUCAUGUCCAGCGUUCAUGUUCCGGGACUGACUGUGAACGGCGGCCUGCUGAAACAAUACUGCCGAAUCCCAAAGCAUAAAUGAAACAACUUGUCAUUUCUUCGUACCAACACUCCACAAAAGAGUGGUUCACUCAUUUGUUAUAGAUAUUACAUGAACUGCUUCAUAAUAGAAGACAGAUAUGUGUGACUAGUCAACGGCGAUAUUUGUGUCAUACGGGUCUCUCUGUCGAAUCUGGCGUACACAUGGAUGUGUCCAGCGCCACGCCAGUGUUCAAUUCAGCGUGUUCUAGUACUUGCCAUAAAAUCCACGGGGAAAGGCAUCGGUGCUGCACUCCCGGUGUGGGAUUGUUACAAGACAGUACUGCUUAUGAACACUAUUAUACGUACGCUGUUCUCCGUAUCGGAAGGGACUCACUGCAUGCUACGCACUCUGCACAAGAAUUCCAACCACAAUAGAAUAACUUUCUUGUCUCUUAUGGGAUGUCAGUUGCUAGCUAACGGGCACCUUUUCAUGACAACAUUGUGCCGUUUUCAUUUUGGACACAAGUUCCCUCGAUCUGUACGAGAUUUCGAGACUGAGUCUGGCACUGAUUAACGCGCUGUUUUGUGAGUAUUACGUGUGAUUCGAAGAUGAUGGUGUCCUAAUAUAUAAACAUAUAGUACAAUCCUGUACGUGUCACUCCUACAUUUUCGUUUUUUUUUACUAUUUCGUUUUGUAUCGUGUAGUGCUGUACAUAAGAUGUCUUUGCAACCAAACCGGUUAUUGAGCAGUUGUAUAGUAUACUAUCAUAAGUCUAUGUACAUAUGUGUACGUCCUAGGUUCGAUACACCUGUAUCUCACAGAUAUUACUCGAGCACACGGUACUCUUAUUGUCCAAAUUAGGUGUAUAUUUCGUUUACCUCAAGGAAGGCAAUCUCAAAGACUAGUUGAACUAUUUUAAUUCUGUGAUGCUGCUAGCCAAAUCUGCCAUCAAGCUACGUAAUGCCAACGUUCUGUAGAACCAUGACGCCCUCCUCUCAGGGAUUGCUGACGAUGGGAGAGUUUGCGAUUGUUCACGCAGUUGUUGGGAUGUGACUUCCUCGAAUAUCUUGUACAUGUACACAAGAGCACGCUGCAGAACGGAGCAUAACACAAAACAUUACAAGCAGCUCAGAAAUGGUACGGCAGUGGUUCCCAAACUUCGCCGGGUCGCGGCCCAUGAAAAUACAUCCCCCCCCCCCCCCCCCGCGGUUGUCCUCGUCGCGAUGUCGGACGUCUUCAAAACGAUACACUGACGUUUUAUUGUAGCUACAUUGAGAGCGAGUUCUCUGGGCCAAAAAGUCUUGCACAACGACAUGCUGCACACCUGCGCGCUUGCACGACUGCAUGCUUCGCUCAAAGACAACGCACGCGAAACGGUUUUUGGCGUCCGCUUUAAUUCGAGGAGACGCGAGAAGACUGCGUCCGUGUAUGCCGCGAUAGACGCAGACGCUGUGGCCUUUAAACCACCGGCCCUCGCUAAGCCACCGGCAUGUAGUGUGAAUGAGUGGACCUCACGACAUAGAUUUUGGCCCUCGUGCGCAAGUGAAAGCAGGCGUGAAAGCCAGGCUGUGUGACGCACCGAAAGCGUCGCGGACCCCACAUGCAAGCGAAUUUAUGAGAAACCACCGGGUCCGCCGCAACAGGCUUCCUGAUAACGCAGAAUAUUUUUCUUUCUAAAUUUGUGGGCCGCUUCGUGACCCCCCUCGGGACGUGUCGCGACCCACAGUUUGGGAACCACUGUGGUACGGGAUUCUUUAAGAAGAAGCGUGGUACCUAUACUCGCUUCCGUCUGUCUACGCCAUCAUGUCCCUGCUCUAGUCAUUCUGAAUCUAACAUAAAGAAGGUGUUUGCUGGCGCCAGCGAUUUAUCCAGACAGCCCCCUAAGCCCCCUCCCUCCCUCCCUCCCUUUCUUUUCUGUGCAGCCCCAACAGGGAGUGUCUUUGUUAUUCCAGUCUUAGAUACAUGUCGGCAAUGAUACAUAAAGUUGAUACUUGAUACAACGUAAGUCUAGUAAUGACAGCCCUUCCAUCUUUUGCACCCCCCCCCCCCGCAUUCUUGCGAUUCUGGAUAAACUACUGGUUGACGCACCACACGAGAACGUCGGCUAGAAACUGAUGAUGAAACGCAUGAGACACAUUCAGUAUCUAAGGGAGAUCUGGAUGUGUCAUGUAUCUCAUCUCAGUCCGUCCUUACUCACAACAAGGUGCGAUUUUCUUUGCAGCACACACGCUAUCGCCGCGGUGCUUUUCCGCUGCAGCUUAUUUAAGUUCGUUCAGGGUAGUUUUAUUCCAAUUCAGAUGCUGUCAGAGACCUGAAGAGCCGGAAGCGAAAAGUGUCUAGUCAUGGAGACGUUUUUUUUUUUUUUUUUUCUUAGUCCCUUUCUUUGUACCGAGUGUUUCAUCUAACCUCAUAUUGCAUUUAAAUAAACUGUCUGCAAUAUAGAAAUUUACAAAUUGGCGGACUGUGUUCAGAGACUCUUUGCCGCAUUUCGGUGCCGUGCGAACCUCACUUCAGCAUCUAUUAGCUUUUUUUUUUUUUUUCAUUUAUUGACAUUAAACGUUUGCUAAGUACAGCGAACAUUUCUUCUUAGUGGCAAACUAUAGAAAAUGUGUGGCUUCUGCAGUCCAACAGAAAUAAUGUUGACGAAUCUGUAAUAUAUUUAGGGAAAUAACUUGAGGAGACUGUCCCUCUCCUCCUGAGCUGUCGUGUAGCUGCACGUGCACGCACGCUGAUUGCUGCGCUUCAUUCUUUUUAUCUAAUGAUAUUCCAGUGAUGUAUAGAAGAGAUCUAGCGGAACGAAGCGUUCUGCUGUCUUUACGGCAGUCGUUUAUACUAGAAACCCAAUUUAGCGCGUUUUUUUUUAUGCGUGUUUUUUUGUUGCAUGAUAAUGCGACGGCUUUUCAAUCAGAAAUCACAGAGCUUUCGAAAGACCUGCGCUGUGUCAGUGGAAACAUGAUCCGAACAACAUAGAUCAACAUGUGUUCAAGUAGCGGAAACGCCAAUCACAUUCGGCUCGUUGAUGCUAAACUCACAUCCAAAUUUAUCGUGGGUGUAUGCAGUAUAGGGACGACGACGAAAUUGUUAGAACGUAAAGAAGACAACAGGCUUGCAGACUCUCAACUGGUGAAAUUUAAUAGGAAAGAGCGUAUUUAUACACUUCGUAAGAUGCAUGAUAAGUAUGAGCAGCACGUGACCACAAAAGCUACGCAAACGGGUAUUUAGCGAGGAGAACACUUUGGGGAAUUCUUCACUGGGAAUAUGUACCAACUCACCCGCUAUAGCCCACUUGCUCGCACCCAAAGCUUACCAGGUGAUGGUCAAGUACGCCCUGAAAGUAUUUCGGAUGAAUUCAUAAUUUUCCAGUGUUCGUUUAUUAGGAUCCAGUAUCAAGUUAGGUGAAACACCGUGUACGUCAGAGUAAUGAUUGGCAUCAUUCAUAUAUACACAGACCGUGCAUGGAUACUUGAAAGCGUCCAAUGUCUGCCCUUUGACACCCUUUGGACUCAUUUAUGUGCAUUCCUGGGUUGAACUCCUAUAGAAACAGCUGCAAUGUGCCAUCUUCCUUGCGCACUGCUUGCGCAUGCGUGUUGCAAUUGUGUCAGCAUUAUGUAGGACAUUUAUGAGCAUGCAAGCACACAUUUUGCAUCUCCUCCCCAUGAUGUUGAACAGUUGGUUUUGACAGUCAAGUAAUGCCUACCCUACAAUCUAAAAAUAGAUUUCACCAUAUAACACGUUGAAUUCCAUUCCAACCAGCAUUCAUGACGCAUAUAUCGAUCUGUCCUCCGAUCGUUGGAGACGGGGGCGUACGCCUUUUCUAUCAGCCUCCGAACUGCCUCGAACAUCAUCACCACCACGACCACCCUCUGACAGUUUACACAUAUACACUCUUAAAAAUGAUCUUCACCGCAUAGCACGCUCCUAGCCAACCAUCAUCUCGA